CUUGACGCUCAGGUACACGGAUUUUUGUCGAAAACUUUACUGAAACUGGAAUUCUGGAGCGGGAUUGACAUAUGGGACGUUCAAAAUGGAUUAAAAAUAGAAAUGUUUAAUAUAAGGCGGAGCAGACAACGUUAAUUCAGGAGUCAGUUGGUGGACGCACCGUGUGUACUACCUUGGAGCCGGUAAGUCAUGUCUGCCGGCAGCACUGGCAGUCUGAGACACAGCUCAGGCCCUGGCAGCUUCAGGCAUGGACCGAGCCAGAGCAGCAGCCAGAGGUCUUCGUAUGAGGAGCGCUGUGUGGACCCGGUGGAAGACAGGCUACCGACCCCAGAGCCAAAGACUGUCCACAAAGCUCACCUGAAAGAUGCAAAUGGGAAGGAGUCUGAAAUCAUUGGCUUCAUUCCUGGCUCAGCUGACUCUCCCUCUGUCGCACUAACCUGCAAUCCCUGCGCUUCUCCAAGGAGCUGUAGGACAUUUAUGUGCAAUGUGCUUACCUGUGGUCUGUACAGGGUCUGCCAGCAUUCCAUUCUUGCUCCAUGCCUGGCGCCAAAUGAGAGCUCCCCAGAUGAAACCGAGAAGGUGAGCCUCCAAAGUAUGAACCCAGGAGACAACAAAGAGGAGGAUGGCACAGAUUGGCUAGGGGAUGUCCGCAUCGCUGGAGUCAAAGUGGACAGUCCAAGGGAGUAUUUACAUGUCGAAACCAAAUCUCCAUCAUAUGUGCCUCCGUCUGGUGGUAAAACACAGCCCAGCAAUCCGUCCCUGCACGAGUCUAUGAGGUUUGAUGACUGGGAGGAUGGUGAGGAGGAUGUGGACUCUCUGAUUACUAAGAAACUGCUGGAGCUCUACUCUGAAUAUCAAAUCGAAGAGUUGGCCAGGUGCACCUCAGACUCUGUGUUUCUGAAGAAGAGCAAGGCCAUCAAUCAGCUCAUCAAUUCGCUGGCAGAGGAGCACAAGAUGGACGAGCAAGAGGCUGAGUGUCGGCUGGUGCGCGGCAUCAUCCGCAUCAGCACCCGGAAGAGUACGAAGAGGCCACCCACCUCCAGAGCGGAGAGGACGCUGUCAGACAGCGGAAAUGAGACAAUGAGGGAGAGCGAUUCCUUGUCAUUCAGCAACAAUAAUGACUACAAAUCAAAUCCAAACAUCCAAAUAUCAGAACUGACCUCCUCUGACAAGUGUGCCAGGGAGAUGUGGAGAAACAAUGGAGGUCAUAAUUCGAGUUCUCCAACAGCCUACUCGCCAUCAGACACAGAGACUCGCUCUUCAGGUGUCUCACUAAUUCACUCUUCCGUGAGAACAUGAUUCCUGCUCCAUGCUGGCAGUCUGUGCUUGAUCUUUAUUUUAUAUUUUUUUUUAUUUUUAUUUUCUGGUCAUGUUGUGUCCACUAGGUCACAUAUGAGACAUUGAAAGGGGGCACUACUUGCACAGGAGUCUCUGGCUGAGCCAAGCUCUUUGUAGAGACCAUGGUUUUGCUGUGGUAAAAAACAAAUGUGAAAAUGCACAUUGUCUGAAGGACUUCAGUGAACUCAGGGCUCUGUGUCUAAAUAUUUGAUUAAUAUUGUGUAUAUUUGAAGGAUUGCUUGAUGGAGAACUUGACCUGCAGGCAGAUAUCACCUGCAGCUCUCAAAAUAUUGUAUCAAAAUUUACCGUCCCCUUGUCCUUGAAGGAAUUAUGUUCAUGAAACCUGACUCUCAUUUUGCUGGUCAGAUUAUUUUGCUUUUGUUAUGAAAAGGACAUUGAAAUUUAGUUCCCUUAAAAUAAAAUACAGAGUUGUAUUUCCUUUUUUUU